UUUAUAGCCAUUCAAUAGAACCAACACAACUUUUUUCUCAUUGCACUUCAGACUUUUCACUUUCCUGGAUUCCUACUGCUCGUUAUUCUAUAGUUGAUCAACCCAAUUUUGGUGUUGUUGAAUGUUUAAGAGAAGAUAUAGAAAAUAAACAAAUAAAUAAAAAUAAAAAAUGGAUUGUCUGUUCAACAUUCACUCAAAACGAAAUUAAUUCACUUAAAGUUCGUUAUAGACAUACAAAAAAUUCAAAUAUUCCUUUACCCCCAAGAACUGAUGAUUUUGAUUUUCAAGUUUAUUGUUCAGACACAGCUUCCCUAGUUCAAGUUUUACAAAUUGGUUAGGGGUUCUUUUAAAAAUUAAAAAAAAUCUUAAAGAUUUCAUUACACUUAGUAUUCGUGUUUUUGUUCAAGAACAAUUAACAUUAAACCAAACAGAUCAAGCACAAAUUGGAAGGAGAAAUAUGUUGGCAACUGUUUUUCCUCAACAAUUUAGUUCCGACCAAUUAUAUUUUCAUAUUCUUGAAGCCCCUAAAUUGGGAAUGCUUUUGAGAUUGGUACAAGAGACAGGACGUCAUAGACGUGUUGGGGUUUCUUCAAAUAUUACUCAACAACAAAUUGAUGAAGGACUUUUCUUUUACAAAUUACACUUUGCUCCAUUCUCUGUACUUAAUGACUUUUUUACUUUUCGGCUUCUAACACCUGCUGGGGCUUCAGAAGAAAUUUUUAGAUUUGAUAUUGUUUAUUUACCUGGAGGUGGUAUUGGCGAUAUUAGAUUAAGAAAUAAUACUUUAAUUGUUGAAGAAGGUGGAAUACAAGGGAUAACAAAUGGCACUCUUUGGUUAGAAGCAGCAGAUGGUAGUAGAAGAUUUACUUUUCGUGUUAUUCUCCCUCCAAUGAAUGGAAUUUUGUUUUUAUUAAAUAAAAAUGGAAAUAAAGAGAAGAAAAUUUUGGAUUUUGAUGAGAAUUUUCAUUCUGAUAAUAUUUUGGAAAAUAAAUUAUUUUAUGAACAUUUUGGUGAUAAAUCCAGUUGGGAUAGAUUGUUUCUUUUGGCAGAAAGUGAAAUGCGUGAUCCUGGUGGAGGUAAAGGACAUACACCUGUGCCUUUCUUUCUAUCUAUAGCAAUUGUUGGAAAAAAUACUAGACAACCUCAGUUAUUACAAAAAAUGUAUGGUGGAAAUAAUUUAGAAAUUAAGGUAAAUGUUAAAAAAUUUCCAAAAAUAAUGAAAAACAAUACAUACCUAAAGACCCUUAAAACUUAA